GGAAAAAAACAGAAAAAGAAAAACCCUCAAUUGCCGACUCUCCGACGUUUCGAAGCAGAAACUCAAACCGCGAAAAAUUGAAUCCAGCUCAACUUUCUUCAAAGUUCGAAGUAAAAUGGUGCGAAUAAGCCAAUCGCUUCUGAAGGAAGCGGGCUCUGGUCUCACCAAAACUCUCUCUGAGAUCCUGGUCUGCCCUCUCUCCAAACAACCUCUAAGGUAUUGCGAGGCGUCGAAUUCUCUAAUCAGCGAUACGAUUCGUGUUUCUUUCCCUGUAUCAAAGAUGCAUUAUCAUGUGGGGGAUGUUAUUGAUUCAUAUUUUAUGAAGAGGGCCAAGGAGGAAGGUUGUGAAACUUCGGCACAUCCAACCUUGGAUGAUGCUGCUAUCGAGAGGGAGUGGUGUUCUGUGUGUUUUUCAAACGUAAUGGAGAGAAAGGUAGCACAAAUUCUUCCUUGCCAGCACGAGUUUCACAAGAUAUGCGUCGAGAGGUGGUUCCAUGAAUGCCAGAAUCAGAAAACUUGCCCAAUUUGUCAAUUCUGGGUGCGAGAUGAAGAUUGUCAACCAACAGAAGUGCUUACGGAGGAGAUGGUAAUAUGGUCCACAUCUUUACAUGUUAUUGAUUACUAAACUGAACUGAAAGUUCUCAUCUA